AUGCCUCCAACUGAAACGCCAAUUCUCCUCCUGAAAACCCGCUCAUCACCUCACGAUGGCUAUGACGACUUCUUUACUGGAAAUGGGUACAGACCAUCAUUUAUUCCCGUGCUAGAACACCGCUUCAAUGCACAUAAUCUAGCAGAUGUGCGGGAUCUCUUUGCAAGUGGUGCAUUCAAUCACGACCAAGGUCAAGAUCAGAACAAUGGAAAAGCUUGCUCUAAAGUCCGGGAUACAAAGAGGAAAUACGGAGGCAUGAUAUUUACCAGUCAGCGUGCAGUGGAAGGGUUCGCGAAUAUGAUUGAGGAAAAAGGCUUACCAUACGCUUCCUCAACCCCAUUAAUCCUCUACACAGUCGGACCAGCUACAGCUCGAACCCUCACAACCCUCCGCGAUAAACAUCUUCCAUCCGCAACGAUCUACGGCGCAGAUGCAGGAAAUGGCGAGAAUCUCGCACACAUGAUUCUUCAGCAUUACAAUUCGAUAUAUUCCGGAUUCGAAGAGGAAUAUUCGAAGCCUGCUCUCCUUUUCCUAGUCGGUGAUCAGCGGCGCGAUAUUAUACCAAGAACUCUUAUGGGGUCUGCACUGCCUUCUAAAGAUCGAAUUAUAGUUGAGGAGAUGGUGGUUUAUGAGACUGGGGAGAUGGAGUCGUUUGAAGGGGACUUUAGGGAUAGCAUAUCGGGAUAUGCAGAUGCGAAUGAGAUUUGGGUUGUUGUUUUCUCGCCAUCGGGGUGUGAGGGUAUGUUGCGAGUUUUGAAACUUGGACCAUUUGUUCAAGGUGAAGAGGCUGGGCAAAAGCGAAAGGCCUUCAUAGCUACGAUUGGACCUACGACGCGGGAUCAUCUAAGGAAUAAGUUUAGUUUUGAGCCGGAUGUUUGUGCUGAGAAGCCUAGUCCUGAGGGCGUCGCUGAGGGAAUUCGAAGAUUUCGAGAAUCGCGAGCAAAGGCUUGA